UAUUUUAGCCAUUAUGAAAAGGACAGUUUAACAGAGGAUCGGAUUCUCUUGGUUGUCGAGUCUAUUUAUGCUUAAAUAAGUGAUGACUGUUUUAUUUUAUUUUUUCACUUUCGAUUGAUUCAAUAAUUUGAUCAUGAGUUCCAUCUUGUCAAACGUUCUUCCUGCUCCGGAAGAUCCUGUUCUCAGUGUCAUUUUUGCUUGUAGAGAUGAUCCUUGUCCGGUUAAGUUGAAUCUGAGCGUCGGUGCUUAUCAAACCGAGGAGGGAAAGCCUCUUGUUCUUGAGGUGGUAAGAAAAGCAGAGCAACAAUUAGCGAAUGACCUGUAUUGUGACAAGGGAUAUCUCCCAAUCGAUGGACUUGCUGAUUUUAACAAAUUUAGCGCUAAGCUAAUCUUAGGUGAUGAUAGUCAUGCAGUAAAAGAGAAUAGAGUUGUUACUAUCCAGUGUUUGUCUGGUACUGGUUCUUUGAGAGUCGGAGCUGAGUUUCUAGCAAAACACCACCAACAGCGUGUCAUUUUCGUUCCAAACCCAACUUGGGGGAACCAUCCCUUUAUUUUCACAUUGGCGGGUUUGUCGGUAGAGUAUUUCCGUUACUAUGAUCCGCAUACCCGAGGACUCGACUUUGAAGGCAUGCUCGAGGAUCUUGGUGCAGCACCGUCUGGAGCUCUAGUGGUAUUGCAAGCUUGUGCGCAUAACCCCACAGGAAUUGACCCAACACUGGAACAAUGGGAACAGAUUCGACAAAUCGUGAGAUCUAAAGGCUUAUUACCGUUCUUUGAUAAUGCAUAUCAGGGUUUUGCUAGUGGUAACCUUGACUCAGAUGCACAAUCGGUUCGUAUGUUUGUUGCUGAUGGAGGUGAAUGUUUAAUAGCUCAAAGUUUUGCCAAAAACAUGGGUCUUUAUGGUGAGCGUAUUGGUGCUCUUACCAUUGUAUGCACCUCAGAGGGUGUGGCUAGGAAAGUAAAAAGCCAACUGCUACUUGUUGUUAGACCUAUGUAUCUUACCCCACCAAUUCAUGGAGCAUCCAUUGUUACCACAAUUCUUAAAAACAGUGAUAUGUACAAGGACUGGACCAUUGAGCUGAAAGGCAUGGCUGACCGCAUUAUUAGCAUGCGCCAACAGUUAUAUGAAGCUAUUCAAGCUAGAGGCACACCUGGUGAUUGGAGUCACAUUAUCAAACAGAUAGGGAUGUUUUCUUUUACAGGAUUAAAUGAGAAGCAAGUUCGGAUGAUGGCAAAAGAGUAUCACAUUUACAUGACUUAUGAUGGUCGAGCUGAAGGGACACGCUGCUCUCCAUGUCGCCUACCAUUGCGUUCUCUCCACAAGUAGUGAAUAGUUGUCUGAAAAACUGAGCGAAUGAGGAAAAUGAUAGUCUUGUUCCUUGAACCAUCUAGCAUAAACCUUAGAAUCUUGUUCCAUUCGUUUGAGUAGUGUAUAUCCAUAAGCUUCAGUUACACCUGCAGGUACACCUGGUGAUUGGAGUCACAUUAUCAAACAGAUAGGGAUGUUUCCUUUUACAGGAUUAAAUGAGAAGCAAGUUCGGAUGA